AUGAUGGGUAAAAGGGUUAGGCUGGAGAACUCUUCAUCUGCAUCGAAUUGUACUCAUCCGGGUUUGAUUGGAGGCUUGUGCAUAAAAUGUGGUGAAACGAUGGAUAAUGAUGAUGGGUUUGGCGGUGUUGCACUUGAAUACAUUCAUAAAAGAUUACGCCUUUCCCUUGAGGAAAUCAUUCGAUUACGCGACAAAGACUUCAGGAAUCAACUCCGUCAGAGAAAGCUUUACUUGGUUCUUGAUUUGGAUAAUACCCUGCUCCAUUCGAUGGACGUUAACAAGAUUCAGGAGAACCAAGAACAAUUCUUCUUGAACAGGGGAAUCUAUAAAGUAGAGCGUGUCCGGAAGAUGACCAAGUUGAGACCUUUUGUUCAUACUUUUCUGGAAGAAGCAAGCAAACUGUUUGACAUGUAUGUUUACACAAUGGGUUGUCGAAAUUAUGCAGUUGAGAUGGCAAAGUUGCUGGAUCCCGAAGGGGUUUAUUUCAAUUCGAAGAUCAUUGCACAUGAGAACAGCACGGAUAAGAGUAAGAAGGGCCUUGAUGUUGUUUUGGGGAAAGAAAAUGCGGUGUUGAUUCUUGAUGACAGGGAGAGCGUUUGGGAAGGCCACCGUGAUAACCUGAUAUUGGUGGAAAAAUACGAGUUUUUCGGUUCAGGUGUUACCGCAGGAGGCACUGAUGAUGAAAAUGAUGGAGUUCUUGAUUUAGUUCUCAAAGUUCUUCAGAGAAUCCAUGCUAGUUUUUAUGAUACCGAAGAUUUGGAUACCCUGUUGAACAGAGAUGUGAGGCGGGUUUUGCAAGAUUUCCGAAAAGAGGCUUUGAAAGGUUGCAAGAUUGUGUUCAGUGGGGUGUUGAAGCCUGAGAAACAACAUUACUGGAAAUUGGCGGAGAAAUUGGGGGCGAAAUGUGCUACAAAACGUGGCCCCGGAAUAACCCAUGUGGUUUCGUUGGAUUCCGCAUCAGAUCUUUCCUGUUGGGCAAUCAGGGAGAAGAGGUUUUUGGUGAAUCCGGAGUGGAUUGAUGCUGCUCGCUACUUGUGGCAAAGGCAACCUGAAGAAAAAUUCCCUGUUACUAAUGAGCUGAAGAUUGCCCCGGUAACAAGUUGUUCGGUUGAGGUUUGCUGA